AUGCUGCGCCUCCUGAGCGAGGGCAUCUCCAGCGUGUCCAUACGGACCCUCCUGGUCUUCCUGCUCGUCUUCCUGCUCAUUGCCGACUACAUGAAGAGCAGGAAGCCCAAAAACUUCCCACCGGGACCUUUCCGCCUCCCCUUCCUGGGGAAUGUCCUCUCCAUUGGGUUCAUCGAUCCCCUGAAAGGAAUGGAGAAGCUUACAAAGAAAUAUGGAGACAUCUUCAGCAUGGGCAUUGGUGGCAUGAGCUGGAUCGUUGUCAGCAACUUCAAAAUGGUUAAGGAGGUGCUUGUAAAUGAAGGUGAAAACUUCCUAGAUCGGCCACGGUUCCCUGUCGACAAUGAAUUCUUUAACGAACAUGGGCUUUUCUUUUCAAAUGGACAUAUAUGGAAACAGCAGAGAAGAUUUGCCCUGACCUCGCUCAGAAACUCAGGCCUGGGGAAGAAGAGGAUGGAGGAGCGGAUACAGGAGGAGUGCCGGUACCUCACCAACGCUAUUGGGGAAGAGCAGGGACAUCCUUUUGACCCUCACUUUAACAUUAACAAUGCCGUCUCCAACGUCAUCUGCUCUGUCAUGUUUGGAGAUCGGUAUGAGUACCACGACGAGCACUUCCAAGAGCUGCUGCAUCUACUGGACAAGCUGGCGUUGCUGCAGAGCCACCUUCUGAGCCAGCUCUACAGCUUUUUCCCAAAUAUCAUGAAAUACAUCCCCGGGCCCCACCACACCAUUUCUCAAAUCUGGAAGCAGCUCAAAAAUUUUCUGUGUGACAUAAUUGCUAAGCACAAGGAGGACUGGCAGCCCACUGAAAGCCGGGACUUCAUCGACAGCUACCUGCAGGAGAUAGCCAAGGACGACAGCAGCGGGUGCUUCAGCGAGGAGAAUCUUGUGGCCUGCAUGCUGGACCUGUUCAUUGCCGGCACAGAGACAACGUCCACAACCCUCCGCUGGGCUUUGCUCUACAUGGCUGCGUACCCAGAAAUUCAAGCACGUGUGCAAGCGGAGAUCGAUGCUGUAGUGGGGCAGACCCAGCAGCCGGGCCUGGAUGACCAGGCCACCCUCCCCUACACCAACGCGGUGGUCCACGAGGUGCAGAGGUUCAGCAAUGUCGUCCCUGUUGGCGUGCUCAGGCUGACCACACGGGACACCCUGCUCGGGGGCUUCCUCGUGCCCAAGGGCACCAUUCUGAUGCCCAACAUGACCUCAGUGCUCAUGGAUAAGAAGGAAUGGGAAACCCCUGAUGCUUUUAACCCCGAGCACUUCCUGAAGGAUGGCCAGUUCUGCAGGAGAGAGGCCUUCAUUCCAUUCUCCCUAGGGAAGCGCGCCUGCCUGGGCGAGCAGCUGGCCCGCGCCGAGCUCUUCCUCUGCUUCACGGCCCUGCUGCAGAAAUUCACCUUCCGGAUGCCGCAGGACACCGUGCCCAGCUUCCGCUAUGGCAUGGGCAUGACGCGGCACCCUCUGCCCUACCGCAUCUGCGCCCUGCCGCGCUAG